UUGACUCCGAAAACAAAAUGGCGGAACUAAAGUACAUGUCAGGUUUUGGCAAUGAGUUUGCCUCCGAAGCCCUUCCGGAUGCGCUUCCAAAAGGACAGAAUGCUCCUCAAAAAUGCCCGUAUGGUUUAUAUGCCGAGCAACUCUCUGGUACGGCUUUCACUGCCACAAGAGAAUAUAACUGCAGAAGCUGGUUAUACCGCAUCAGACCAUCAGCUGUCCAUAUGCCUUUUGAAAAGACAACUCAAGGAGACCUGACACAUUUCUGGGAUGAGUGUGACCCCAAUCCAAAUCAGUUGCGAUGGAAACCAUUUGAUAUCCCUCCUGAAGGAAGCAACAUUGACUUCACCCAAGGUUUACACACAGUCUGUGGGGCUGGGGAUCCUUGCACAAGGCAUGGUGUUGCAAUCCAUGUCUACAGUUGUGAUAUCUCUAUGAAAGACAAGUGUUUCUAUAACUCUGAUGGGGAUUUCCUUAUAGUUCCCCAAAAGGGCACUUUAAUGAUCACUACAGAAUUUGGCAAAAUGGAAGUGAAACCAAAUGAAAUUUGUAUCAUCCAGCAAGGAAUAAGAUAUUCAGUGGAGAUCAGUGAACCCUCAAGGGGAUAUAUUCUUGAGGUGUUCGAUGCCCACUUUGUGUUGCCAAAUUUGGGACCAAUAGGUGCAAAUGGACUGGCAAACCCUCGGGACUUCUUGACACCAGUAGCAUGGUAUGAAGACAGGGAUGUGGAGUCUGGUUUCUCUGUGAUCAGCAAGUACCAAGGAAAGCUAUUUAAAGCUGUUCAGGAUCACUCUGCAUUUGAUGUUGUUGCUUGGCAUGGCAAUUAUGCUCCAUACAAAUAUGACCUCAACUGUUUUAACGUUGUCAACACAGUCUCCUUCGACCACAUUGAUCCUUCUGUAUUCACUGUUCUCACUUGUCCCAGUUUAAGACAAGGAACUGCAAUCGCAGACUUCGUGAUAUUUCCACCAAGGUGGAGUGUUGCUGAAAACACAUUCAGACCUCCUUACUAUCACCGCAACUGCAUGAGUGAGUUUAUGGGCCUGAUAUUUGGUAAAUAUGAAGCUAAGGAAGAAGGAUUUGCCCCAGGGGGUGCUAGUCUGCAUAGUAUGAUGACCCCCCAUGGACCUGAUAGAGAUUGUUUUGAGAAGGCGACUGAAGCAGACUUGAAACCUCAACGAGUCGCAGAUGGUACCAUGGCGUUCAUGUUUGAAAGUAGCAUGAGCAUGGCGCUCACUAAAUGGGGAAAUGAAACUUGUCAGAAGGUGGAUCAUGAUUAUUACAAAGUGUGGCAGCCAUUACAAAAACACUUCGAUCCCAACUGGAAGCCAAGUGAUGACAGCAAAAAACACUGAUGGACAACAAGUUGUCUUAAUGUUGCACCGCGUUCUGACUGACUCAUUUAUGCACAUACAUUUAGACCUAGAGAAUAUUAACUGUCGAUAUUCUCUUGAUUUAGACUAUGCAUUCACAUUGGAAGUAAAAUGGCGAUAAGAAAUUAUUAGCAAAGAUGAUAAUUUCUCUCAGAGUGGUAUCGGUUCCUGGCCGACCCAUUUUUACAUAACCAUAGACUCGAUACAUUCACAGUGUCUUACUUUUGCACAUGGACAAGGGAACAGACUGACGAGGUAUAAAUCGGGGUAAAGAAAACUGAACGAAUAGCUAUACAGAUAGAACUGUAGUCUUAAACUUAAAAAAUUUAGACUUUAAAAAAUAUAUUUAUAUUAUCAUAAUCAGUAGUUAAUAUCAUUUCACCGUGACAAAUGUACGGGCGACUUUUUCAAUUUUUUAAACCUUACGAUCCCUUUCGACGGAGCUAGAGUAAUAAGCGUGUCACAAAUAUCACGGAGUUUCCUUAGGUUGGGAAUUUAAUCUGGUCCACCAAACUAGAAUAAGAUAUGGGUAGACUAUAGUAAUUUUAUAGUACUCUUGGGGUCGUAACAGCCACUUUGUCACUUUUGCGCGAAAGUACCCUCCUCCCCCCCCACCCUGUGACACUGCCUUGCAGACUUUCAAGAUGAAGACUUUCCGAUGGAAAGGGAAACGCUGUGAAAAGUGGAAUGGACACCUGUAGCCAAAAAAGCAGGUUUAAUGGUUGAGGUAGUUUAAUCUGCCGAUUGCUGGUGUGAUCUUAGGAGUAUUAAAACUGUUAAUCAAAAUUAUUGUGUAUUGUUACAUCCCAUCUCUCCAUGGAACAUCGAGAAUCAGAAGGGUCUCAUCUACAUUCCCCUUAAUUUUGAAGUUUUGCAUUAAAUACCGUUUUGUUGCUACAUAUUUCGCUACAUUAGGUAAAGGUGAUAAGGGUUUGAAUCGUAGAUUGCGACUUACAAAAUUACUUUCGACUUAAAGGAGACCAUGAGAUAAAAGCUUGAUAAGAAGUAAAAACACCAAAAUGGGAAA